UCUCGAGUCUCGCAACGGCGCUUAGAAUAUUAAGCAUAGAUGGCAAGGCUAAACGUACUGGCUUUUGCAGUGUUGGCCAUGGCCACCAUGGCAGCCAUACCAGCUGCGGAUUCAGCCCAGCCCUCGCUACUCACCUUCAUCUUCGGUGAUUCCUUGACAGAAGUUGGAAACAACAAUUUUCUGCAAUACUCCCUCGCUAAAUCCAAUUAUCCUUGGUACGGUAUUGACUAUAAAGGCGGGCAGGCCACCGGAAGGUUCACCAACGGGAGGACUAUCGGCGAUAUAAUAUCUUCCAAGCUUGGGAUCCCAUCACCACCGCCUCAUCUUUCCUUGUCAAAAGCCGAAGAUGCGAUCCUUAAAGGGGCUAAUUAUGCUUCUGGUGGAGCAGGGAUUCUCAAUGAAACUGGACUCUACUUUAUUCAAAGACUAACCUUUGAGGAUCAAAUCAAUGCGUUUGACAAGACCAACCAAGCAGUCAAGGCAAAACUUGGAGGAGUGGCAGCAGACAAGCUUUUCAACGAGGCCGUCUUCUUCAUUGGAAUUGGUAGCAAUGACUAUGUCAACAAUUUCUUGCAACCUUUUCUGGCAGAUGCCCAACAGUACACGCCUGAGGAGUUUGUGGAACUUUUGGUCUCCACGUUGGACCACCAACUUUCGAGACUCUACCAACUGGGUGCACGAAAGAUGAUGUUCCACGGGCUUGGCCCAUUAGGCUGCAUUCCUUCGCAAAGGGUUAAAUCAAAGCGAGGCGAAUGCCUAAAGCAAGUCAAUAGAUGGGCGCUGCAAUUCAACUCCAAAGUAAAGAAUCUAUUGAUCUCUCUGAAACGACGCCUCCCAACUGCACAACUCACAUUUGUAGACACUUACCACGAUGUUUUGGAUCUAAUCAACAAUCCUGGCGCCUACGGAUUUAAGGUGUCCAAUACCUCAUGUUGCAAUGUAGCAAGCCUUGGAGGACUAUGUUUGCCUAACUCAAAGCUGUGCAAGAAUCGUACCGAGUUCGUGUUUUGGGAUGCCUUCCAUCCCUCGGAUGCGGCAAAUGCAGUGCUUGCUGAUAGAAUCUUCUCCACCGUCUUUUCUCAAUCACAUUCUCCAUCCCCUGCCCCUUCCUCUGGAGGACGCCCACAUCAUCCUCAUCACCCUCAUCACUGACCAACCACCAACAAUCCAUUAUACAAUUUUAUCUACAUCUAUUAUAUUAAUAGAGAGUUUGCACCCCCUAUGAAACGGAGUGGCUUUAUUCAUCCCUUCAAUGUAUUUCCAACUUUAGUAAAAUUGACAUACAUUUCCGCAUGGUUUCAUA